AUGUCGAGGCCCCUCCAUCGAGGUGUUUCUGGUGGGGGGAGAUUCUCCGGUAAUGGCCAUGAGUUCUGCGAUGGCUCUCAGACGAAACACAAAACGGAGAAGGAAGAUGUGGUUAAAAAUCGUUUAUCUUCUGAUCACACGUACUUAUCAAUCAGAUUCCCUUUUCAGUUUCUUUUUCAGGAUAAUUCAUCUUCACAACACAGUUUAGCUGAAAAUGGUUUUGUAUCUGAUGCCUUUAGCACUGGAACUUUGAGAAGCCGGCAUAGAUUGAUAUUGCUUUUGCUCAAGUUCAGCUUAGUUGUUAUAGUAAUUCUGGCUCUUGCUGGAUCUUUUUGGUGGACGAUCUCAAUUACAAGCUCUUCAAGAGGUCAGAUAAUUGGUGGAUAUAGGCGCCUUCAGGAACAACUUGUAUCAGAUUUACAGGACAUUGGAGAGCUCUCCAUUGGUAGUGCAAGAUUAAAAGAAUUGGGAUAUUGUUCUCCAGAGUCUGAAAAUUUUGUGCCAUGCUCCAAUGUUAUGGAGAACCUGGCCUCUGGAUUCUACGAAGGCGAAGAGUAUUACCACCACUGUGGGCAUGGGUUGAGGCAAAAUUGCUUGGUUCUUCCACCUGUCAAUUACAAGCUUCCUCUUAGAUGGCCAACUGGAAGAGAUGUCAUCUGGUUUGCUAAUGUCAAAAUUACAGCACAGGAGGUGCUCGCUUCUGGGAGUUUGACCAAGAGGAUGAUGAUGUUAGAUGAAGAGCAGAUCUCAUUCCGUUCAGCAUCUCUUAUGUUUGAUGGUGUUGAGGACUACUCACAUCAAAUUGCAGAAAUGAUUGGGCUUAGAAAUGAAUCCAACUUUAUACAUGCUGGAGUUAGAACCAUCUUGGACAUAGGAUGUGGUUAUGGUAGCUUUGGAGCUCAUCUUUUCUCCAAGGAACUGCUAACUAUGUGUAUUGCAGAUUAUGAGGCUUCGGGCAGUCAAGUUCAAUUAACUCUUGAAAGAGGUCUUCCUGCAAUGAUUGGUUCUUUUACUUCAAAACAGUUGCCAUAUCCAUCACUUUCAUUUGAUAUGAUACAUUGUGCACGAUGCGGCACUGACUGGGAUCAGAAAGAUGGUAUUUUACUUAUUGAAGCUGAUCGAGUACUGAGGCCUGGUGGGUACUUUGUCUGGACUUCACCACUUACUAACGCUCAGCGCUCACUUCGCAACAAAGAGAAUCAGAAAAAAUGGAAUUUUGUGCGUAACUUUGCUCAAAAUCUCUGCUGGGAUAUGCUGUCCCAACAAGAUGAAACUGUUGUGUGGAAAAAGACUACAAAAAUAGAUUGUUAUGCUUCUAGGAAACCUGGUUCUGGUCCUUCUACCUGCAGCAAGGGCAACGAUGUGGAGUCCCCAUAUUAUCGGCCACUCCAAGUAUGUAUAGGUGGAACUGAGAGUCGCCGAUGGAUUCCCAUUGAAGAAAGGGCAACCUGGCCUUCUAGAGCUAAACCAAAUUCAAAAGAACUUGCUAUUUAUGGUCUAAAUUCAGAAGACCUUGCUGAGGAUGCCGUAUCCUGGAGCUCAGCAGUCCGAAAUUAUUGGUCUCUGCUCUCCCCACUCAUUUUUUCAGAUCAUCCAAAACGACCUGGUGAUGAGGAUCCUUCUCCACCUUAUAACAUGUUGAGAAAUGUGAUAGACAUGAAUGCACGUUUUGGCGGCUUCAAUUCAGCUUUAUUAGAAGCUGGGAAAUCUGUGUGGAUAAUGAAUGUGGUCCCUGCAAAUGGGCCCAACUAUCUUCCCUUAAUCCUCGACAGGGGAUUUGUUGGUGUGUUGCAUGACUGGUGUGAACCAUUUCCAACCUACCCGAGAACCUAUGAUCUGGUGCAUGGUGAAGGACUCUUAUCACUUGAAAUUGGUCAGCAGCGUAGAUGCACCCUGAUUGAUCUAUUCUCUGAGAUUGAUAGGUUACUUCGUCCGGAGAUGGGAUUCGUGCAGGGAUGGGUGAUAUUACGUGACACAGUCUUUCACAUCGAAUCAGCUAGAGCUCUCACGACACAGUUAAAAUGGGAUGCCAGAGUUGUGGAGAUCGAGAGUAACAGUGACGAGAAACUCCUGGUCUGUCAGAAACCUGUCUUCAAGAGAGUAGCAAGCUAA